AUGGCGAACGCUACCUCUACUGUCACUUCAUCGGUACAGAGCUCCGAAAGUAGCGGUUCAAGAACGUGGAGUGCAUCUGCUUCUACCAUCACAGCAAUUACAAGCACUGAAACUUCCUCCAAGAAUAACACAUGGACGUUGAGUUCUGCCGCAACACCAACGACUUCUUUAAAUCCUCCAGCUGCAAAUUUCACCCAGGUAACUCGAACAGCUGCCAUCGCAGAAGCAACAUGCUACCACCUCCCUCAAGAUUUCAAUAUUGAAGAUGAACGUCGUCGAGCAACGCUGCACAACGAAGAAAUCAAGAAGGGUAACACGACGUUUCCUUCCACAUACAUUGAAUCUGUCAGCUUCAAUUCCGACGGCGUCGAUCCCGUCUUUCUCACCUUGAGAGAUGCAUCAAACGGCACAUACCACAUGGAUAUAUCAAAUGGAAGCUACGUGUCAGUCGUGGACUCUCAGUAUAAUGCCAUGCUUAUUGACGAGCAAGGCAUUCACUUCUCCACCAAGAGCUGCGCAUACGACGUCUCCAUUACAAUCAAGGACAUGUAUCAGCAAUUGGAAAGACUGUCGGGAGAAGUAUGCUCCAAGGUGGUCUCCUCCAAGCGCAUGGAAGAAUCGAGUUUCGAGCAAAUCCUCUAUCUCAAGGACCAGUGCAGCGGAGGCAUCAAACGAACGCUUCGCAAGUAUCCGACUCUCCGUAUAGGUGAUUCGGACUGCAUUGAUACGGAUAUUGAUUCAUCGACGGGCAAAUGGACAUUUACGUGUACAUUCCCCGGCUCAGAUUCUGGCAAUAGCAAGUGUCGAGCUGCAGUGAACAAGGACAUUGUUCGGUUCCUACUUACAGACCCGUUUGGCGGUGCGUGUCCAGACUUGUCCACCGUGGUGACGACUCUCGAGACAACAGCACAGGAUAUGCUUAGUGCCAGUUCGCUCAAAGAGGACCUGUAUAAGCUGGAUCUUGAUGGUAUGCAAAAAGGAGUGGUGGAUGAUGUGGUCGAAAAAUACAGCCAGCUCUGGGGUAUCUUCAAACAGGCCUUGUCGAAAGGCAGGAAGAUUGCGUUCGGCAAGUUAAGCGCAUUGGAACUGUACAUCGAGGCGUAUAACAAAAUGCGCAGUUUCGAAGGCGACAUUUGCGAUGAUCUACAUGACGGCGAUCUUCCCUUCAACAUGAGUCUUCAGGCGGGCGUAACAUCUAUUGCUUCAAUUACGUCCCUGAAGGCAGCGCCGGAAUCGCCCAAGCCAUUCAAUAUUACUGUUCAAGAUCCAACUCAAAUAGCUUGCUGCAAGAAUGGUAGCAAAUCUUCAUUUGAUGGAUCGAAGGGUGCCUGCUCCUAUCCAGGAAAUGCUACAAUUGGGAAGUCGGGCUGCAUGUGUGGCCAGACGGCAGGGGGAGCUUCCAUUGCUUUCGAGUACAUGGAAUGUGCCAACUUUGUGAGCCAGUGCGAGUUUGACGAUGAUUGUGCGAGUGCAGGAUAUAAGAAGUACAAGUGUCUUACUGGGAGUUGUUGUGGACGUGGUGUUUGUUUCGAUCCGUAUGCUUGUUCGCAGAAGGGAGUGAAGUUGGUAUAA